AUGAUUUCACACAAUCCACACCCAGUUGUGUUCUAUAAAAAUACCAAACUGUUUAACCUAUUCGUUGAUUUGCGAGCGCCAGAUAUGGGCACCAAAUUCACCAUUAAUGACACUUGUGACGAGGACGCUUCAAAAUUUUUGAAGCAAUUGUUAGAAAAGAUCUAUACCUCUCAAAGGGCUAUGCAACGACUUCUGUCCAUGCAUAGCUAUACCUCACUGAUCGAAUGCGAUUCUUAUUUGUGCAGAUACUACCACUAUUCCACCGGGUUUAGUUCGGCAAUGAAUUGUCCCUAUGCAUAUAAAACAUCACUGAAUGAAUGCAAACUGUGGGCUCUGAAGCAAUGUGACAACAUAAGCGCGAAGGAACGCCGAUGGUUGCUGGAAACGCAGCAGAAUCGCAGACAAGGGUCCAGGCGAAGACGAACGAUGCCUUGGGCUUGUUCGGCUGGUGUUUUAGGAAUUCCACGGUUUUUCUAUACCAAAGUUCUAGGAAGAUCUUGUGAAAAGAAUAAUGUUUUGGGUCUCAUUAAGACGUUUACGGCAUCACUUAGGGCCACGCAAACCAUGGGUUAUCUGAUACGAACGGUUAAUGGCAAAACUGUAUACCUCGCCAAAGUUACCGACCGAUUGGUUACCAAGGUUAACCAACUUCAAUCUGCUCUUCGCCAGAUUGACUCGACUUUCUCCGAUUGGCAAACCCAGCUAAAAUUGUUCGCUAAGAACGAAAAUUGUCAUUUUAACAACUUCAUGGAAUUUCUUUCAAAAUUUUCUUUUGAGGUUACUCGAACUUUUUCGCAACAACUCCGUUUCACAGAAAUUAAUGAUAUUCUACAUCAGGCACAUAAAUUACAUAACAAACAAUUAGUCGGGUUUACCGCAUUACCUUCGUUUGUGGCUACCGCUCUACAGCACAGACUAGAAACAAUACCAUCCUUACAGGAUACUGUUACGGCAUUGAGCGCGGGAUACCCCCUCUUAAUACAACCUUUCGUAGAUUACCAAUACCACAUGGGGAAGUCAGUUGCGAUUAAUUUUCUUUUUACCAUACCAGAACUAACUUCGGCCAACAGUCUUUGCACAAUUGAGUACUUAAUGCCACUCAAAUACAACCUUUCAGGCAUUUGUUUCCAAGGUCCAGUUAUUCGAGAUGAAUUAGCAUUACUUCGAUGCCAACAUACCGAAUAUAUCUUACAUCGUUCCCUUUUGGGUAAAUGUUAUCGAACUGAUGAAACCUUUGUUUGCCCUCAACACAUUUUACAAAUGGUCAAUGACACUAGUUGGUUGGGCCUGCCCUGGCACAGAGACACUCAAUUUAAUUUCGUUCGCCGCCACCAAAAGGCACCCAAUUGCUCAAAUAUCAACGAAUUGUUUCAUUUAGGAGGACGUUAUUACUUAUCUACACAGCAUGGUUCAAUUAACGUUUACAAUACCACCAACAGUUCUUCGCACAUUCUACGUAUUUCUCCUCUUAUCGUUUACCAUUUUCCUUGUGAUCUCACUUUCGCCUCUCAGCAAACCGGUCUGGGAACUUGUCCGGACCGCAUCACCUUUCAUCUACCACUUUUCUCUCAUAAAUCAUUUCGCUACAUUCCGUGGACACAUAACGACGACAAAACUUUGCGAUUACAUUACAGCUCAUUGAAUCUGACACCGCCGCUUCAAUUCGACAACAAAACAACGACUUCUUUAGACCACACUUUUCGUAUACUAGAUGGGCAACUUACUACCCGGUUAGCAACGUUAAAAGACGAGAUAUCCCACCUACACAAGGUUCAAUCUACCACCCUAAACGAUUGGCUUACUUAUUUUACUUUCGGUCUUGUAUGCAUUCAUAGUUUUGUUUUCAUAAUUCUAUACUGUUGCUCCAUUAAGCCAAAAUCCUUUCCAUCGAUGUCAACCACUGUUUUGUCUCGACGCAAAAGCGCCUCCGCGCAACGUAAGGACACGGCUACAGCCAACGCUGACGACCAUGAAUUACACGAAUUACAACCAGCCACUUCACAAAAUCAAAAUUCGGUGUGUCCUACUUGUAACAAGCCGGUUCCGCUAUAA